AUGACUCGGACUACUCUCUUCGUCGCCAUCUUCAUCGCCAUUGUCAGUAUACUGUACCUCGGGUAUGUGCGACCCGUGUCAUCCCCAUCGCCGACCUCGGAGCCCGUAAUUGCCAUGCACACGUUGCAGACCGCCGUGAUACAGCUCAACGACCUCGUUCAAUGCGUCGGCAGCGAUACGCCCUCCCGGGGAACGUUGCAGCAAGCACGCGAUUCGGCCCUGCAGCUACAACUAUCAGCACACGAGGAAACGGCUGGCAAAAUCUUUCGCGACGGUCUUCUCCCAGCCAUGCGCCUCGUCGCCCACGACGGAACGGAUUGCGACCUCAUCGACGCUGCGGAAGGGCAGCUUGACAGCGCCCAACGCUUGGCACAUGACGUACGCAGCGAGAUUGGACUCGUGCUCGGCCAUGUCCGUGACGCGGAGACCUCGCUGCUCGUCGAGCUCGAGAACGCCCGGCAGGAGGUUCGCAAGCACCAAGACCCUCGCACGAGAUCAGGCAACAAAUCGAUCCACGCAGCCCACCGUGCACACGUUCGGCGCCUCGAUGGAUGCUACACGACACUUGCCCACGUCGAGGGUCAGCUGGCUACGCGGCAGGGCUCGUGGGCCACGGUCGGUGACGCACUGCGCGAGAUGCGUUCUCACACCACCGAUUGGAGAGCCCAUGAUGACCAUCGGUGCCUUGCUGAACACGUAGGCUACCGCUUGAGCCGUCUCUUGCAGGCUGCGAGACCCAUCAUCAUGCUAGACGGGUGA